CUGUCAGAGUCACACGUGCUUGGGCAGGUGAUUGUGUGAGUGGGGCUGAGGGCUUGGGAAGCUCAGGUGGCACCCUCAGAACACCUGAGUACCUGAGUGAGUAACUGAACUGAAGACAUGGCCUCGGCUUUUCACAUUGCUGCUUUUUUGCCCUGAUGUAUUUUAUGGGAUAUUUAUCCUCUUGAAACAGGAAAUUUCCUGCAUAGUCCUGGGGUUUUCCUACAGUCCCUUUGCAUGUGUCUCUCACAGAACCACAGAAUCCCUGACUGGUUUGGAUUGAAAGGAAUUUAAAGCCCAUCUUGUUCCACCCCCUGCCAUAGGCAGGGACACCUUCCACUAGACCAGGUUGCUCCAAGCCUCAUCUGACCUGGCUUGGAACACUUCCUUCCUUUACUUUGUCUGAUAUGAGGAGCUGCCAGGUGUUCUGCUGAGGCCAUUGUGACUUAAGAUGUGGCACACAGUCUGCUCAUCCAUCCUUUCCACAGACAGUGGCUCCCACCUUGCUCACUCUAGGAAUCCUUUCUUGGGUGGACGUUCAGGCUGAGUAUCCAGGAGGAUCAAGCAAGCUCUGAGGAGAGAUAGGGUUGGUCCUGGGCCUCCUUGGUGCCGUUCUCUUUGUGCAGGGAGGUGGAUGCAUAGUCACUGUGCAGUCAAUGUGCAAUUCAAUCUUACUUUCGAUUCAUAGGUUUUUAGCCGGGUCAGAAGUAGCUGGGGGUGGUCAGAAAUGUUCCUGUGGGGGCCUGGUGCCCAUGGAUCUUUGCCCUCAGCUGAGCUUCCUUUGUGGACCAAAACAAGUCUGAAUCAGCCUCAACUGGGACAAUUCUGUGUGACUGCUAUUUAUUCCAAGGGCAGGGUGGUGCAGUGAUCAGACAGUGGGUCUCAUUCAGUGGUGCAGACUUGCAGAUGUGACCAGAAUGGGAAAGGGGGAAUGUGUUUCUUCAGACUCAGCUUCCUGAGGCUUUUCCACCUGCUGCAAGGCYUAGUGCACCCUGUUCUAUGUGCAUUCUGCUGGAAGCAGCUGAGCACUGACACUCUGAGGUAGCGGUCACCCAGUGGGAUAACCUGAUAACUCAGCUUCCAGCUCCUCCAGGUCUCAUCAGUGCUGGCGCUGCUGAAGUAAUCUUCUUUCAGAGGCCAUAUUGGUGGGCUGUGAGCUCUUUUGGGAUUGCCUGUGUGAGCAGGAGCAAUGCAGCCCCUGGGGUUCUGCCCCAUGUUGCCAUCAGUCCCUAUGCCACCCUCACUGCCACAGUCCAAUGCUGUCCCAGUCCAGCUGACCUGAGUCCCCUCAUCCCUUCCUGCCAUGGCUCUCCUCUCCUCCUGUGGACUGACACUUCUCGCUCCUGCAAUCCUUGUAUGCAGCCUUCCCACUACAUCCCCGAUGUCCUCAUGCUGUGGAUGCUGCCUCCCCACUGACCCUGUUCCUUGGGGACAUAAGGGGCACAUCCCCGUCCUGGUYCUUCUGAUGCUGCCACACGGGGGCUGUGGCUGCCCAGCCGGACAUGCGGGGAGGGUCAUUUUGGUACCGGACACCUCUUGGCAUUGGGAACGUGCGGGUGUUCGURUCCCCCAGUGUCUGGUGCCGCCUCGCUGUGCCCCUCUGUCGCCUUGCUCCCUCCCGGGAGGGGCCGUUCCGCUCCACGCAGCCCUGCCGGUCCCCACCGGGUAGCUGGGAAUGCCCGGCUGAAGGCACUCGGUACCCGGUCCGUGGCUCGGCGCGGGGGCUGGCGGGGCAGGGCAGGAGCUSUGACGGUGCCGAUGCGCGGAGUUGCGCGGUACCGGUGCGCGGGGCGGGAUCAUGCGCUGCCGUAGCCGGUGCGUGGGGCGGGGCUGUGCCGGUGCCGCUACACGGGGCGGUGCCGGUGCCACUACCCGCGGCUGUGCCGGUGCCGGCAGGCGGGGCGGAGCCGGUGCCGUAGCCGCUGUGCGGGGCGACGCGCCCCUAUGAGCCGGUGAGGCGGCGGCGGUGCGGGAGGGAUGGCGGCGGGCGGCGGCGGGGGACGGCCGCCGGGCCCCGACCCCGCGCUGGAGCCCUACGUGCAGACCCGCAUCUUCAAAAUCAUCGUGAUCGGAGAUUCCAACGUGGGCAAGACGUGCCUGACCUUCCGCUUUUGCGGGGGCACCUUCCCCGGCAAGACCGAGGCCACCAUCGGCGUGGACUUCCGCGAGAAGACGGUGGAGAUCGAGGGGGAGCGCAUCAAGGUGCAAGUGUGGGACACAGCUGGUCAGGAGAGGUUUCGGAAGAGCAUGGUGGAGCACUACUACCGCAACGUGCACGCUGUGGUCUUUGUGUACGACGUGACCAAGAUGAGCUCCUUCACCAACCUCAAGACGUGGAUCGAGGAGUGCAAUGGGCAUGCAGUGUCCCCGCUUGUCCCCAGGGUGCUCGUGGGGAACAAGUGUGACUUGAAAGACCUGAUUCAGGUGCCAUCCAGCCUGGCYCUCAAGUUUGCCGAUGCUCACAACAUGCUUUUGUUUGAGACCUCAGCCAAGGACCCACAGGAGAGCCAGAAUGUGGAUGCCAUUUUCAUGUGCCUGGUGUGCCGGCUGAAGGCACAGCGCUUGCUGCCCUGCCGGGACACAGAGGGCUGGCCAGCGCAGCCCCAGCCACAUUGCCGGCGGCUGGACGAGGCCAGUGGGAAGGGCUCCUGCCCAUGCUAAGCAGGACCCGCCUGGACCCCAAAAAAGGCUCUGAGCUCCCUGCGCUCAUGUUGGAAAUAAUACAACUUUUAAUUUUUUUUUAAAUUUUAUUUCUCUAGUCAGGCUUGGUUUGCCUUUGCCKUGGGGAAARGAAUUUUAAUUUUUUUUUAGGGGAUGAGGGCCCCACUCAYCGGAUAUGAGCUUGACACCUCAAAAGACUUGAUACCCAAAAAGAUGACUCCAUCAACAGAACAUUUAUGGCCAUCAGAGAACAGUGAACAUCUACUCCAGACACUACUCCCUGGCACGGUUGGAUACCCCUGGUCCAGAAAAGASUGAUACAGGAAUCAAGGAGUGAGGACCUAAUUAGCAUCAGARGCGAAGAAAUCCCGAUCCAAYAGGAAACCAAAUACUAAGAACUACGCAACUUGGGACCAAUGAACAUUGAACAAUGGAUUUCUAUGSGUUUGGGACUGUAUAAAAUUUGGGAAAAAUUUAGUAAAAUUUAUGUGUGUAUGGAAUAUUUUCAGUGGCACAUCCUGGCCAGUAAUAAAGUAAUGCCUGAUUCUCUAUC